UAUAUAUAUAUAUAUAUAUAUAUAUAUAUAAUUCUUUCUAAAGCCCUUUUCCCUACCUUUCCCUAUAUCCUCAAUUCUCAUUGCAGAAAUAUGGAGGGCACCCAUCUGAUCUCAUCCAACAAUAAUGAACCCCCCAACAAAUCCAGUUGCCGGAAUAUUCUUUCAUCCUCGGCAAAAACAAACGUGGUUUCUAGUUCUUCCACUGAGAAUUCACCCAUCAGGUUACAAAACUUGAGUGAACCUGCAGAUGAUUAUGAAGAAGAAUUGCAAGCUCAAACCUUCUCUCAACCUAGCUCAUCAUCAUCAUUAUCAUUUUCAUCAGCGACUAGUCCUACACAACAUGAAAAGGAGAAGAAGAGUGGAAGAGAAAGAUUAAAGAGGCAUCGAGAAGAGGUGGCUGGACAGGUAAAGAUACCAGACACUUGGAGUCAAGAGAAUUUUCUUAUGGAAUGGAUUGAUUAUUCUUCUUUUGAUAAGCUUUUAGCUCCUAAUGGAAUUGCAUCGGCUCGUGAAGCAUUAAUGGCUGAUGGACGUUGAGCUGGAAGCUCUCAAAGAUUGAGGAUAGAAAGUAGGUGUUAUUGAAGUUAAUUAAUUAUAAUAUUUCAUCUAAUUUCCUGUUUGGGAUUUAGUGUACGGAACAAGAUGAGCUUAUAGCUAGACUCCGCACGUUUUCGUCUGCAGUCUUUGAAUCAUGCAUGAAAUCUUGAAUUUCUGAGGUCAUAUGUAUGGUUGCAAAUAAAUAGAAGUGGAAGCAUAUAUAUGUGAUCCUUAAAUUAAUUAAAAUUAUUUGUGUUUUUAUGAGA